UCCCAAUUUCAAAGCUCUUUCUCUGAGUUAACAAAGAAGAGAAAGAAUGGAGUUGGAACAACAAGGUUUGAGGUUGUCUCUGGUUCUUGGUAACGCUUCAGUGCUGAAGUGCACCGCUUUGGCUUUAACGGCUACUGUGGUCUCCUCUUUGCUAGAGCUCUUCGCUCAGGUCGCAGUCUUGAAGGGUGAUGUUUUAGAGAAUGGAUACGAGGUGGUUGAUGCAGUGGAAGGGAAUGGAAACAACAAUGAUGAUGCUGGUGAUGAUGAUGAUGGAGAAGAUGAAGAAUGCGGUGCAGAUGAUGCAGAAGGAAAGGAGACAAAGAAAGGACCUGUAAGUGAUCCUGAUUUGAAUGGUGAAGCUGGAGAUGAUGAUGAUGAUGAACCUGAAGGGGAUGACGGUAAUGAUGACGAUGAUGAUGAUGAUGAGAACCAUGAGAACGACGACGAUGAUGAUGAUGAUGAUGAUGAUGAAGAUGAGAAUGAAGAUGGUGGUGAAGAAGACGACGAUGAGGAGGCAGAGGUAGAGGAGGAGGAAGAGGAAGAAGAUGACGNUGAGGGUGUGUAUAAUAAUAAUAGCUAUAUUAGUUGA